GGGAGGCGAGGCCUUGAUGCGUGGAUGUGAGAAAGCAAGAGAGGAGAAGGAGGAGAAGGAGAAGAAGAAGAAGGGGGCGCCCAGGCGACUCCCCCAGCCAGCCAGCCAGCGAGGGGAGGGGGCCAGAGAGAAGAAGAAGAAGAGGAGGAGGAAGAGAGAGCGAGAGCGAGCGAGAAAGCAGGGGGAGGAAGAGAGAGACAAGGGACCCCAGCAGGAAGAAGCCACCAUCAGCCAGCCCAGAUGAAGCCAGGCCCAGAAAGCCAGGCCCGCGCCUUCCAGAGCGGAUCCCAAGCGCUAAAUUAGAGAAGAAGCGAGAGAAAGAAAGAAUUCCUUAAGCUCCCCUUUCCCUCUGCCCUGCUCCGGGCGCUCUUUCCCGCUUCUCUCCUGGAGGCUCCCCGGGAGCGGAUGGAACCUUGAGCAGGAGCAGGAGGGGGGGCACAUCAAAGGGAAUCGAACGUUCCCGGGACUCAGAACGCAAACGGAUCGAACGUCGCGGGGCUCAACGUUCUUCGCCAGGAGACGCGCUCCUCUUUCUUUUUCCUCCCCCCUUCCUCCUCCUCCUCCUCCUUUCCUCCUUUCUUUGCUUGAUUGCUUUCCUUCGUUACUUUGUAGCCGUUUCCGUCCCCCCUCGUUAUUGUUGUUGUUGUUGUUACUGUUCUUACUCUUUCCCACACUGUUUCCCCCAGGCCCCCUCCUCGGCUCUUCUUCUCCCUGCCUGCUCUGCUGCCCUUUCUUCCCCUCCCCUCCCCUGCCCUGCCCUCCCCUCCGCCGGAGAGAACAAUAGGAGCGCCGGAGGGGGCCACCCUGGCUGCCCCCCGGGGACCCAGCACCCCCCGGGCCUGGAUGUGACCCCCUCGCCUCGCCCCCCCAGCCCCCCCAAAGCUCCGCACCAGACGGACCCCCAUUCGAAUUUGGUGGGAAUAUGAACCAGCAACAAAGGAUGGCUGCGGCUGGCACAGACAAAGAACUGAGCGACCUCCUGGAUUUCAGCAUGAUGUUCCCGCUCCCGGUGGCUAAUGGAAAAAACAGGCCCACAACACUGGCCAGCACUCAGUUCAGUGGAUCAGCAGGCUUGGAUGAACGGCCGGCCUCUGGUUCCUGGGCACCAGGAGAUCAGAAUAACUCCACGUUUGACCAAGUCAGGCAGGGCUAUGGCGAAGGCUCACACUAUAGCGAGCUUAGGGACCUGCCAUCGCAUAAUAGCAUAUCUUCGUCCUCAUUCCUGGCAUCUGGGAUAGUAGGGAAAGGCACGGAAAGAGGCGCCUACUCAUUUGGAAGGGAAGCGGGCAUGCCGGCUCUUAAUCAGCAGCCUGGCUUCCUGCCCAGCGAAAUGGGGAUUUCAAGUCCCAGCACGCUGUCCCCGACGGGGGUGAAGGGAGGCUCUCAGUACUAUCCGUAUGGGAACAACCCUCGCCGGAGAGGUGCAGAGAGCAACAUAGAUGGACAGCCGAAAAAAGUCCGAAAGGUGCCUCCUGGACUCCCUUCUUCGGUGUAUCCACCCAACUCAGGUGACGAAUACAACAGGGAGACAGCCAGCUAUGCCCCUUCCAAGCCCCCCAGCACUGUCUACCCAGGGGCCUUCUACAUGCCAGAUGGGAUCCACAAUUCGGCAGACCUGUGGAGCUCCUCAGGCACCAUGGGACAGUCCAACUAUGGGGUCAUCUUGGGCGCUUCCUCCUCUCCACUCCCACAGUCAGGCAACUUCAGCGGUCUUCACCAGCAUGAGCGCAUGAAUUACCAGAUGCAUUCAGGAGAAGUCAAUGGAGGACUCCCGUCAGUUUCAGGCUUUUCUUCCGCUUCCACUCAAUAUGGAGUGUCCAGCCACACGCCUCCCAUUGGUGGGACAGAGGCCGUAAUGGGAAAUCGAGGAACCUCGGCUGGCAGUUCAGGGGACGCCCUUGGGAAAGCAUUAGCUUCAAUCUACUCUCCAGAUCACUCUAGCAAUAACUUCUCUUCAAACCCAUCCACACCGGUGGGAUCCCCUCAGGGAAUCACAGGUUCUUCACAGUGGCCCCGGGCAGGUGGGCAGGGUGCCUUGUCCCCAAGCUACGAAGGGACUCUCCACACAUUGCAAAAUAAAAUGGAAGACCAUUUGGAUGAAGCCAUCCACGUGCUGAGGAGCCAUGCGGUGGGUCAGAGCAACAACCGGGAAAUCCACGACCUGCUGGCCUCCGCCUCUGCGCACAGCACCUCGGUCGGCAGCCUCAGCCAGUCUUUUCCCCCAGCCUCUGUCUUGCCCAUCACCAGUCGGCACUCGAACCUGGUAGGAGGAGGUCAUCCAGACGAUGCCCUCUCCAGCAACCCCAGCAUCCUCCACAACCACGUUGCUCUCCCUGCCCAGCCGAGCUCGCUCCCGGACCUCAACAGAGGCCAGUCUUCAGAUGCCUUCAGUGGUCUGACGUCUGGGCUGGGAAGGGCCAGCGUUUCGUCGGGCACCAGCGAGAUCAAACGGGAAGACAAGGAGGACGACGAGAACACGUCGGUGGCAGACAACUCAGAGGAGGAGAAGAAGGAGCUGAAGUCCUCGCGCAACCGAACCAGGUGCUCAUUGAACAGUCAAGAUGAGGAUGAGGAGGAUGACCUGCUUCCCCCAGAGCAAAAAGCCGAGCGGGAGAAAGAGAGGCGGGUGGCCAAUAACGCCCGCGAGCGCCUGCGCGUCCGUGACAUCAACGAGGCCUUUAAGGAGCUCGGGCGCAUGUGCCAGCUACACCUUAACAGCGAAAAACCGCAGACCAAACUGCUAAUCCUACACCAGGCCGUCUCGGUUAUUCUCAAUCUGGAACAACAAGUUAGAGAACGCAAUCUGAAUCCUAAGGCAGCCUGCUUGAAACGUCGCGAGGAGGAGAAAGUGUCAGGCGUGGUGGGCGAUCCUCAGAUGGCGCUUUCGGCAUCGCAUCCAGGCCUGGGAGAUGGGCACAAUCCCGUGGGACACAUGUAGAAGACUACCGCUUUUCUUCACCUGGAAGCAGAUGUCUGUAAGAAUAAGAAGAAGGGAAGGCCCCAUCACGCUCCCACCCACCCAACCGCCAGCCCCGCCGUGUGAUCGCCCAGAAACUGUAGUUCUGUUUCAGUAUAGAUGCACGGCAACGGACAUUCAAUGCGCUCGAAGGAACUUUUUUUCUUCUCUCGAAAGGAAAAACAACAACGUUGUUGAAUCGGGAAAAAAAAAAACAACUGCAAAGAUUGCCUUAAAUGUAUAUUCUGGAACUGUCAAUACAUAUCCUUCAAUUUCAGAGCGGGGGGUGUGGGGAAACGUUUCAUUACAAGUGGCUUGUUCACAAAAAGGCCAGCAAAAAAUAUAUAUAUUGUGCCUACGCGUUUUAUUUUUCUUUUCUUUUUUUAAAAAAAGAACAUUAGUUAACGAUAAUUUUUUUUUAAAAAAAAUGUAGAACAAACAUAGUAAUGCCUUUUGGUUUUUUUUAAAAAAAGCUUCUUUUGCAUAUAUGUUUUGUAAGCAACAAUGAAAAAUAAUGUGUACAAAGAUUGAGCGAACGAGCGAGAGAGCGAGCGAGCGAGAAAGAGACUUGCGACUCCCCAUGCUUUUUUUUCCUGCUGCUGUUUCUUAUAAUUAAUGUUGCAUAUUAUUUUUUCAGUGAGAUCUACCAGAAAUAUUAAAAGUUUGUAUUAAGAGACUGGAUGUUUUUUAAAACAAACAAAGGAAACAAAAGAAGAAAGCGGUGUGAGAGGGGUUUGUUUUUCGGCUCAGAGAAGCUGCCAGCGUGGACUUUAGCUAUCUGGGCUACUAACUGGCCUCAUGUGGCUAGUCAAAAAAGAAAUCCAGAAUGUACUGGUAUCAUCUCUUUGCAUUUUGGCCACUUUGGAGGGGUUGGGGGUGAUGGUCAAGGAAUCUUGCAGCCCUUGGUUCUUUUGUCUUUCUGAUCCUGCUAAGUGACUCUUAAAAGUCUUACCUUUCAGCCUGUUCUCUCCCAGCUCCCCCCAAAAUAUUUGUGGUCCUCUUCCUUCAUAGGAGAUAAAGGUACUCCGAGAAGAAGUAAGUUUGGUUCCUUUUUCUUCCUGGCCUGUGUGUGCCAGGGAUGGGUGACAUCUCAAACGAAGAUGCCACCCUCCCCAAAACCAACAUAUUGAGCAUACUGUGGGCAAAUGGACCCGAAAGAGCAGGCGGUGAGAACUGGGAGAAAAUGGAAGUAGCCUGGAUCAUGCCUCACCAUUUGUCAAGCGCUUAUAAAAACAGACAUGGAACAAAAGGAAGGAAUAUCAGGAGGCAAGGAGUAAAGAGAAUAAUACAUUUUUUAACAAAAAAGACGCUGCCAGGUUGGAAGCAGAACAAAGACCCCUCCAAGGGGGAAAAGAACAAAAGAGCCACAUCUAGCAAAAACAAGGAAAGGAAAAGGAGGUGUUUGUAGCACACAAAGGCCAAGGAACACCACCCCAAUGGGGUCCGUUGCAAUGUGCCCCCCAACAAGAUGGAUUUGGGAGUUCUUGCACCAACACUGCAUCAAUCCAGAGCUGUUCAGAAAACAUGCCUUCCCGGCUUUGGCAUUUUCAGAAGAUCCGAAAGACUGUGGUGUUCUGCUGAGGACUGCCUGCUGUCUGGAUGACAUUCAGAGAUGUUUUGCCCACCGCCAUCACCAUCCGUAACGCAGAGACACUGCUUUUUGUGAACAGAAGAAAGAGAAUCCUGGGAAGGCUGUGCCCACAUGGAUCUUGGGAGAUUGGGGGAAAUGAGUAGCAUCUCCACAGUCCAAACUCACGGAGCUUCUCCUCUGUUCCACAUGUCAGCCAACAGGAAGGCUAUGCAACCGCCAAGCGGAUCUCAAGGCUAAUCCAGGGGCUGUGGGGAUCUUCAAGCAUGAAGCUCUGUCUUGAAUUUUGAAUAUCCUUGAAGGUUGCAUAAGGCAUUGUAGCAGAGGAACACUGUUGAAAGGCAUCAUGGUGGUUCCAGCACCAUACAGACCCGGCCUUCUUGUUCUCCUUCAGUCUCCAUAGAUGUCUAGCCUCAACAUGGUCCUGAUUACCAGCAAGCCCAUUUAUUAAGACCGUGUCUCGUUGUAGCUCUGGAGCAGGGACUUUGGGUAGUGACCUUAAAAAUUCAGACAAGCAGCCACAGCUUUUAUGACUAGCCACUCUUGCCAGAUUGUAGGGUCAACCGCAGCAUCCACAGUCUCUGUGACUUCAAGAACUGGAUCUUCCCAGCUGCUUAAGAAAACAAAACAAACCGCUUAUCCUGGCUGCAGAAGAUUUGGGAAGAUUCUGUAGACUUUGGCUUUCACGGGCAGAGAAGGAGAGUAUGGCUGCCUUUGUGCCAGCGAGGGUCACAAGAGGCAAGUUGUGCUUGGGAGACACUGGCCAGACUUGGUCAUACACAGAGUCAGGGGAGUUUACACAGGUUGAAAGGAGGUGCUGCAGCAAGGUCUCUGUCAAAGUCAUCAGUCAUGAUACCAGAAGCAAGGAGACACACACCAGAAGUCAGUCCAAGACUCCAAAGCAGGAUCUCAGCCAAGAUCCAAAAGCCAAGGAGAACGAAGAGUUGAGAAAAACAAAACCCAUUGUAGCCACGGCUAUGGGAUUUACAGCUGCCUGACUGUGAGAAGCCAGAGUUUCUUAUUUAUAAGAUGCUGACCACAAAUGAUGGAGGUGUUCCCCAGCUUUGGCUCAUCCUGCUGAAGUUCUUCAUCCACUGUAUCAACCUCUCUAGCCGCUCAGAUUUGUCAUCUGGAGUCAGAGUUGCGUUAUAACUCACCUGGGUGAGUUAUAACACUGGCAAGCAUCCCCCUUGUACCCCCGUCCCGCCUUCUCUUUCCUCUGUGUGCCAGAAGAGACACCGAGCAUUAAAAGGACUGCUUCUUGGAGAUGGUUCUUGCUGGACAUGUGGACUUUCCCCUCUUGCCACAGCCUUGGUCCAUCAUAGAGAUAAGACAUAUCCACUCUCCUACCCAACUUGCAUUGGCCACCAUAAUCCAAUGGGAGAGUCCUUGUUUUCAGAACCUUGGAAGUCUUGGGAAGAUUCUUCUCACAGGUGACCUGAAGCCAACAAGGCAGAGGUCAGCUCUUCUUUGCAGGUAAAUUUGUAAACCAGCAUAAGGCCACCCUGGGUACCAAUGGCUUUGCAAGAACUGAGGCUACUGAGUGGGCAUUCCCAUGUGAACAAAGGUCCAUUUGGACCUGAGAAGCGUGCGCUCAUUUCCCCCACUGCCACCACUGAGGCUAAAUACCUUUUCAAAGCAGGAAGUGCGAUGGCUUCUUUUCAGAUCUCCUUUAAACCUCUUUCAAGUCUACCAACUCCCAGACAAGCUCUGUUUUUAUUUGUUAAUUUUUAUUUUUGCUUUGUGUGAAAGUGUUUCUGUUCUGUUAAAGGGGAUGAGAGGGAGGGAAGGAGCUCACCUUUCUAAGGGUGUGCGUCUACACUACAAGCUCUAAACCAGUUUCAAACCAGUUUUAGCUGUCUUAAUGGGAAUCCUGCCGUUUUCGUGCUGAGAAACCUUUCCUGAGAUGUCAGUCUCCCUCCCUCAUCGUCCCUUACCUUCUUAGAGCUGCAGUUCCCAGAAACCGGGGAACCGCAAUAGCUAAAAACAGGUUUGAAGUCCGUUUAAGUUUGUAAUCUCGGUGCGUCCGACAGAAUCCUGGGAUAUUUAUAUUAUUGUUUUUGGUCCGGAAAGGAUCCAGGGGAGGCGGAGGGUUUUAGGAGACGAAAAGGGACAACCAGCAAAAACAAAACAACAAGUAAAGUCUUAGGGGAAACAGCACCACAGGAAAAAAUGAAUAAUAAUAAUAGUUUUUGUUUGGUUGGUUUGGAAAAAAGAAAAGAAAACUGGGAUCAAGCAACACAGAGAACAAAAAAUGCAACUUGAUUCCUAUUGAGAUAUAUUUUUUUAGGAGGGGAGGGGGAGGCUGUGUAUUUUUUAGCCCUCUCAAAUUAUUUGGAGGGCUCUUUUUUGUUGUUAUCGUUGGGGCUUUUUAUAUAAAUUUUUACAAAACCGAGUCCUUUGUGGUUAGGGAGGGAAGGGAGGGAGGGAAUUGGUCCUGAUCCAGACGCAGUUGGCCAAUGGCUUUUUCAAGUCACAACAUAAUUGUGUUUGGACCGGGGCCCCGGCCUUUUGCCGCCUACAUGUAAAUCCAGCUGUACCGAACUGGCUGAGAUCCUUGUUAUUAAAUCAGAUUACACAUUAUAGUUUUGAAAGAUAUAUAUAUAGUAUAAAUAUAUAUAUAUAUAAAUAUAAAUAUAAAUAUUAAAAAAAAUGCCUAACCCCGAUUUUUAAAAGUGGAAAAAAGGAGAAACGUAUUUGGGGCGGGGAGGGGAUUUUUCUUUCUUUUUCCUUGGUUUAACUGAAUCACGACUUCUGAGAUAUUUGGGGGGGGGGGAAGGAGCACGGGGGUUAAAAUUGUGUUUCCGAGUGCCUCAAGAUACGGAUUGUGUUCAUUUUUUUAAAAUAAAAAUAAUAAUUUUAUACAAGUGUCAAGAAAAGAAGAAAAAAAAAACAGCUGGCUGGAUUAUUUGGAAUUUUUAAAUAAUCCUUAACUUUUUUAAAAAGUAGAAUUUUGAGAACUGUCCUGUACAUAACAGUAAUGUAGCAAUAAAUGUUGACAUUUUAUAACAAA